CCCAGGACUAACCAGCUAGAAUGAGGCUGUUUCUCAUCCGACACGGCGAGACAGUCGCUAUUGUGACUAGAGUUUUGGCUGGUUCAACCGACACGCCCCUGACGAACCACGGCGUCGAGCAGAUCAAACGGCUAGGCGAACACUUCGACUCGCACGGCAUCUACUUCACUCACGUCUUCUCAUCGGAUCUGACACGAGCCAGACUCACCGCCGAGGGUGCCUGUAGGGGUCCAUCAGGAUCAAGCCCACCGUCCCCCGUGUUGACGGCAGACCUGCGGGAACGAGACUUUGGCGCGUUGGAAGAUACACCAUGGGCCGCUACAUCAGAAAGCAAAUCCGAUCCAUCGGCGGAUGAACAACUGCCAGAGUCAGACGCGGCGAUGAACCGCCGUGCAAACGCGUUUCUCGCCGACCGUCUCCUACCACUGUUACUGUUCGACGGGCAGCAUGAGACAGACGUCGUGGCUGUGGUGGCUCACGGUGUCAUCCUGCGUGUCUUGUGGGCAUGUCUCGUCGCUCUGUUCGAGCCGGACGCGGUACACGUACCCCGCCUUGACGACCCCUUUAAGCCGGUCUGGUCGAAUACUGGCUUUCUGGAGGUCAAGAUUCGACAGUCGCCAGGGCAAACACAAACCACCAGCCGGGUCCUCACGCACUGGACGAUGGACGUCGUAGAGAUGGACAGCAAAGCUCAUCUGGCAGAUCUGCAUCGGACGCGAGGCGGAAUCGGCAGCGCGGCUUUUGAUAAGCGACAACGCAGAAUCGACCAGUUCUUCUGAAGGAAAUUGCUUAAUUUACACUGUCAACAGCUGACGACUGGAAACACAGUCUACAAGCACAGACAGGGUCACAUCGCCAAUCAAUGCAUACCUUUUGAAUAAUAUUAAACACUCUGACAACCUUACGGAGAAGUGCCAUGUAAUUACUGACAGGUCGACCCAUGGAAUCGAACAUCUCAUGGUCCAGCCCAUGGAAGCACCCGUCCGUCUAUUAAACAACUUGCAAGACAUCUUUCAUAUUUGUUUCGCCAUUGGUCCUCUUAAUGAUGAAUUAUUCAUGCCUCCUUCUCCCCCCCAGAGGCGUUCCUGGCGCCAUCCACUGCAUCCACAGCGUCCAGACCUCUCAGGCCGAGAGCCGCGUCAGCAAAACACCGCCCCGCCAAGGGAAGACUUUUCGUCAUCGGCGC